AUGCGGUCGCUUCUGAAGGCACCGCUUCUGGUCCUGGCCUCCAUGGCCACGAUGCUGUCGCCAGUAACUGGCGAGAAUAUGCUCGUCUCCAACUCUCUUAAUAACUGCCAGGACGACUCCAGUUUCACGGCCAGUCUUUUCAAUGUUGUUUACACACCAAGCAACAAUUCCGCCACGGUUGAAGUGGUCGCCACCUCAUCUGUACAAGGAUUUGUCCUUUUCGAUCUCGCCAUCUCCGCCUACGGUUACACCUUCUUGAGAAAGACUGUUGACCCUUGCGAAAUGAAGCUUGGUGGUUUGUGCCCCAUGGUUGCUGGAAAGAUUCCCUUCGCCUUCAACUUGAACGUGCCGUCGGACGCCGCCAAGCAAAUUCCGGGUAUCGCCUACAGCAUUCCCGAUUUGGAUGCCACCGUUCGUGUUCAGAUCAACUUGACCAAGACCGACAACCCUCGAAGUAUUGCCUGUGUGGAGGCUGAUAUCUCCAAUGGAAAGACUGUUGACUUGCUGGGUGUCAAGUGGGCCACUGCUAUCAUCGCUGGCCUUGCCUUGAUUUCCUCCGCCAUCGUCAACGGUCUGGGUCACUCCAACACCGCCGCUCACGUUGCAGCUAACUCGCUCUCGCUCUUCGGCUACUUCCAGGGACAGGCCAUUCUCGGUCUUACUGGUGUUCACUUGCCUCCUAUCGUUCAGUCCUGGACACAGGAUUUCCAGUGGUCUAUGGGCAUCAUCAAAGUCGGAUUCAUGCAGAGCAUUUUCACUUGGUAUCAGCGGUCUACUGGCGGCACUCCGUCAACCAUUUUCGAUACUCUCACCACGGUCUCCGUCCAGGUUGAGAAGCGUGGCCUGGAAUUCGCUGGCCAUGGUCUGGACCUUUUCAGACGUGGCGCUGCCAUGAUGCCGAAGCCCAUAAUCGCUGCCGCCACCAACCUCAUGAAGCGUGGCAAUAUCAUGACCUCGUCUGGUGCAUAUAUUGUCUAUGGCAUUCAGCGUGUAGCAUUCCGCUCCAAGAUUGAAACCACCAACUUGUUCAUGACUGGCCUGACCUUCUUCUGCAUCUUCGUCGUGUUCACCAUGCUCGCAGUUGCCAGCUUCAAGGGUUUGUGUGAGCUGGCUGUGAAGCAAAAGUGGAUUGACAGCGACACCUUCCUCGAGUUCAGAAAUGGCUGGUUCACCGUCUUGAAGGGCAUUCUCUUCCGUGUUGCUCUUAUUGGAUUCCCCCAGAUGGCGAUCCUUUGUCUUUGGGAGUUCACUCAGGUCGACUCGCCUGCUGAGGUUGUUCUCGCUGUUUUCUUCUUCUUUGGGCUGGCCGCUACGCUGGGCUGGGGUGCAAGCAAGGUUAUCCGCAUCGCUCGCCGCUCUGUAGCCAUGCACCGCAACCCUGCUUAUAUCCUGUUUUCUGACCCUCAGUGCCUCAACAAAUGGGGUUUCCUCUACAUUCAGUUCCGUGCUUCUGCCUACUACUUCAUUGUUCCGGUUUUAGCGUACACUUUGGUCAAGGCCAUGUUCGUCGCCUUUGCUCAGAAGAGCGGAGUAGCACAGGCUGUUGGGUUCGUCAUUAUUGAGGCUGCUGCUCUUAUUGCUGCAUCGGUUCUUCGACCUUGGAUGGACAAGCCCACAAACUCGUUCAAUAUUGCGAUUUGCGUUGUCAAUUUCCUCAACGCAAUCUUCUUGUUGAUCUUCUCUAACGUAUUUGGGGCUCCUCAGCUGGUUGUCGGAGUCGUUGGCGUGGUCCUCUUCGUCCUAAACGCUGUUUUCGCACUCGUCUUGCUCCUCAUGGUUAUUAUUUCUACUACUAUCUCCUUUUUCCGAAAGAACCCUGAUGCUCGCUACCAGUACAUGGCCGACGACCGAGCUUCGUUUAUGAAGUCUCAGACGCACCUGACCACCACCACUGAGCUGGAUGCUCUGGCCGCUACCGCCCGAGGUGACAAGGCUGGAGGAUACAAGUCUCACCUGGACUUGGAGGACGACAACGAGUCUCUUUCAUCCGACGACCUUCGACGCCGUGCUGCCGGCCAGAAUCCUUCUGCCGCCGCUUCGCAACACUCUUUCCAUGGACAGCAUGGACCUCGCUCUCCUGUCAACCCGUCCAUGCCACUUUUCCCUGCAGGACAACGACCAGAGAGUCCGUUCCGCUCAGCAUCACCGAGCCCCUACAACCGGAGCGGAUCUGCCAUGGCACAGCGAUCCAACAACAGCUCAAGUCCAGCUCCAGGAUACCGAUCACAAAACGCGUCUAGCCCUUGGCAACGUGGCGCAGGCUAUGACUAA